AUGGCGGGUUUUGUGCGACGGGUUGGUCAGAAUCUAGUUAGUGCUCAUCAUCGAGCUCAAGUUUCUUGGAAAAGAUUCUGCUCUUCAGAUGCUUUGAUGGAACUGGGAGUGAAGCCUGGUGAGGUCGGAAUGGUCUCUGGAAUCCCUGAACAGCAACUCAAAGGAAGGGUUAUAAUUUACUCGCCUGCUCGAACUGCAUCACAGCAGGGCUCAGGGAAAUUUGGGAAAAGGAAGAUUAAUUUUUUAUCAACACAUAAAAACAUUGACGUUAUUUUGAUGACAUCGAGUAGUCAUUUCCUCCAACUGGAAUCCGUACGCAAUGUUGGUGAGGCUGGACUUGAAUUUGAUAGCGAAGAAGCUGCAAAAGCAUUCGCUGAGAAAUAUGGCUGGGAAUAUGAGUUAAAUUCACGCAUCAACAAACAACUGCAUCAGUAUCCUUUUUCUGUUUUAAUAUGCGGAAAAGUGUAA